AAGUUUUUAGGUUCAGAAUUGUAGGCAAAAUGGAUGAAUACCAACAUCCAUUAUUCUUUGAGAUAAAAGAUGUGACAGACAGAGAAAAGGAGAAAAUCAGGAGACACUUUCUGAAAAGACGAGAGUCUGGGGGAGGUGAUUGUGGAGGGAUUGAACACGUUGGAGGCAACACAUACAGAAUCUGUUUUAAGGACAAAGAAGACCAGGAAAGGGCUUUACAGAGGAAGUUUCACACUAUCUCCCUUCCCAGUGGAGAACUACGUCUGACAGUAAGCCGAACCAGUUCUCCACAAACCCUGGAGCAGCCAUCAACCAGUCAUUCACAGCCAUUCACAAAUUCAAAGAUGAAAGGCCUGGAGAAGAUUUUCCAGCUAGAUAUUUUCCUCCUGCACUUUCUGAAAGAUAACCCAAAAGCAAAUAAAGUCUUACAGAAGCAACUCUCUUCUAUUGGCUGUGCGGUGGAGUUCAACUUUGAUGAGGAGGAGGCAGUGAUAAGGGGCGACAUUGAGAAGGGGCCUGGAGGAGCUUUUGGUGCAGCAGAGAAAUGGGAGAUACAGGUGGACAGGGUCUUUAUUGGUCUCACUGAGAGCUACAAAUGUUAUCACGUAGUUGAGCUGGAAACAUCCAAAAUCCUUCUGCAGGACCUCUCCUUUGUGACAGAUGACAUCAAAGUGUACACCGAGCUUGGAUAUGCUGUGAUAGUGGGGGAAGCUGAAGCUGUGAAUGAGAGGAUUGCAAUCCUCGAGAGGAGCCUGCCAAUUCGGAGGGAAUUACCAAUUGUGGAGAAGCAGUUCAAACUAAUCAAGGAAGUGUUUAGUCAAGAAAUGCGUUCACAGUAUCCAGAAGUUAAACUUCUCAUAGGCAGCGGCAUGCUCAUCUUAGAGGGCCCUGACAACAAGGUGCAGUCAGGAGCUACGAAACUUGAUGAGCUCAUGAAAAAGAUAAAAGUAAAGACGGUCAAGCUCAGCACAGCUUUGAUUAACUUUAUAAAGUCCAGUGGUGUCAUUUCCAAGCUCCAGGCUCGCUACCAGCAGAACUUCAGACAUCCUGUUUCCCUAGAAGUAGGUUCAGAUGUGACCCUGUCCAGUUUGUCCUCUGAUGCCCUGAAUGAGGCUGAAGCGGCGCUGAUGAGAGACUUUACUCUGGCCAAUGUGACGCUGCAGGGACCUGCAGCUGUUCCUCCAGAUCUAGACAGAGUGAAAGAAAUCCUCACCAUAGCCAAGAACGUGGCAAACAGAGACGAGUUCAGAGUAGACGUCAGCUUCAUCCCAGGAGCCAGUGGAACCACCAAAGUACGACUGGUGGGCUACAGUGACAAUGUGAACAAGCUGAAAGAGGUUCUGCAAGACUACCAGAUAAACCAAGUCAAAACACAGGAAGUGCUAAACCUGCCGCGUCCUGAACUGCUGGACUGUUUUGAUAAAAUCUUAGACCUGGCUCAUAUUAAAAAGGACAAGGUGGAUUUAAAACCCUCACCUUUCCCACAGCCUUGUGUGCUUGUGUCUGGUCCCCGAUGUCAGGUCCAGAAGGCCCAGCAAGCCCUGAACUCAGUUCUGGCCAGUGUGGCGUCAGACACUUUAGUUCUAGAUGGACCAGGGGCUCAGCGAUACUUCCAAGCAGAAGGCAAAGUGGGCAAGGAACUGGUAGAGACCUCCUGUCAGGUUAUUAUCAGUGAUAAGCAAGGUGUGAAACCUUUACCACAGAGCAGCUUGGCACCCCGACCCAUCCCCAGAUUGCGAAGCAAAUCUACUUUGAGCAUGCCGGCCAAAAAUCAGGACAAGACAAGGUUGGACAUCCGGCUUGGCAGUUUGGAGGAUGAGCAGGUGAAAUUGAGGAAAGAUGAGUCAUUCAAUGCCAGAACUUUCCCCGGGUUGUGUCAUGAAUUUUCUCAAAUAAGCAAAAUGGAUGAAUACCAACAUCCGUUACUCUUUGAGAUGAAAGAUGUGACAGACAGAGAAAAGGAGAAAAUCAGGAGACACUUUCUGAAAAGAGAAGAGUCUGGGGGAGGUGAUUGUGGAGGGAUUGAACACAUUGGAGGCAACACAUACAGAAUCUGUUUUAAGGAUGUAGAAGACCGGGAAAGGGUUUUACAGAGGAAGUUUCACACCAUCUCCCUUCCCAGUGGAGAACUACGUCUGACAGUGAGCCGAACCAGUUCUUCACAAACCCCCAAUCAGCCGUCCACCAGUCAAUCACAGACAUUCACACCAACAAACAUGAAAAUGAUAGUGGGGGAAGCUGAAGUUGUGAAUGAGAGGAUUGCCAUCAUGGAGAGGAGCCUGCCAAUCCGGAAGGAACCACCAAUUCUGGAGAAUCAGUUCAAACUAGUGAAGGACCAGUUUAGUCAAGAAAUGCGCGCACAGUAUCCAGAAGUUAAACUUCGAAUAGGCAAGGUCUUCGAGGGCCCUGACAACAAGGUGCAGUCAGGAGCUACGAAACUUGAUGAGCUCAUGAAAACGAUGAAGAUAAAGACGGUCAAGCUCAGCACAGCUUUGAUUAACUUUAUAAAGUCCAGUGGUGUCACCUCCAAGCUCCAGGCUUGCUACCAGCAGAGCUUCAGACAUCCUGUUUCCCUAGAAGUAGGUUCAGAUGUGACCCUGUCCAGUUUGUCCUCUGAUGCCCUGAAUGAGGCUGAAGCUGCGCUGAUGAGAGACUUUACUCUUGCCAGUGUGACACUGCAGGGACCUGCAGCUGUUCCUCCAGAUCUAGACAGAGUGAAAAAAAUCCUCACCAAAGCCAAGAACGUGGCAAACAGAGACGAGUUCAGAGUGGACGUCAGCUUCAUCCCAGGAGCCAGUGGAACCACCAAAGUACGACUGGUGGGCUACAGUGACAAUGUGAACAAGCUGAAAGAGGUUCUGCAAGACUACCAGAUAAACCAAGUCAAAACACAGGAAGUGCUAAACCUGCCGCGUCCUGAACUGCUGGACUGUUUUGAUAUAAUUGUAGAGCUGGCUCGUAUUAAUAAGAAGAAAGUGGUCAUAGAACCCUCACCUUUCCCACAGCCUUGUGUGCUUGUGUCUGGUCCCCGAUGUCAGGUCCAGGAGGCCCAGCAAGCCCUGAACUCAGUUCUGGCCAGUGUGGCGUCAGACACUUUAGUUCUAGAUGGACCAGGGGCUCAGCGAUACUUCCAAGCAGAAGGCAAAGUGGGCAAGGGACUGGUAGAGACCUCCUGUCAGGUUAUUAUCAGUGAUAAGCAAGGUGUGAAACCUUUACCACAGAGCAGCUUGGCACCCCGACCCAAACCCAGAUUGCGCAGCAAAUCUACUUUGAGCAUGCCGACCAAAAGACAGGACAAGACAAGGUUGGACAUCCGGCUUGGCAGUUUGGAGGAUGAGCAGGUGAGUGCAUUGGUGGUCCCCAUGCUUAACAGGCAACUAUCAUCUACUAAUGUCGGUAAAUGCCUGUUGACAAGAGCCGGAUAUUCAAUGACGACAGACUUUGACUCGGUGGCAUCAAAUUCCACAAUUGCACCUGGUGAAGUUCUGCAGGUUAUUGCGCCUCCAUCUCUGGGAUGCUCUAAGCUCUUUUUCCUUGAGUGCUUGCCAUGGGAUGGAGCCAGAGGGCUGAGUGUGCAGGCACUUGGCAAAGGGCUGAAGAGCUGUUUUGACCUUUGUUUACAGCAGGGCUUGUUCUCUGUGGCCUUUCCAGUUAUCUGGUCAGAAAUUGUUUUAAAAUACCCACUGAAAGAAGCAAUUAAAGUGCUGACUGAGAGCAUUCGCCAGUUUGGAUUACGGGCAUCGCCAGGGUCUCUCUCCAGCAUCCACAUCGUCAUUAAACCUGGAUAUCCUGACUCUGAGGAGUGCUACCAUGAUGUCUACAGGCACCUCAGCCUAAUUGUGAACCAGGGAGAGCAAGCAAUCUUCAGGUCCCUCACCAGCGACCUUGAUGACCUCAUAAUGACAGUGGAAGGCGGGGUUAAACUACGGCUGGUGUUUGGUGACAUCACAAAUGAGACUACUGACGCUGUGGUGAACACGACCAACUUUGUUAAUUUCGGGACCGGUGUUUGCAAAGACAUCUUAACCGUAGCCGGACCAGAGGUGGAGUAUGAACUCUUAACAGCAAAAGAAGGCUAUGGAGACUUUUGUGUAUCCAGAGCUGGAUCUUUCCCCUGUAAAUCCAUUUUUCACGUCAGUGGGAAAAAGGACCCAGUCCGUGUUGAACGCCUGGUGGGUCGUAUUGUUGAAUAUUGUGAAAUACUUGGAUACAAAUCCGUCGCCAUUCCUGCUAUAUGUGCUGGAGCUGGCCAGAUGGACCCUGGUGUAGUGGCAGGUGCUAUCCUCAGAGGGGUCAAGGCUGCCACGUCCUCUCGUCCUCUUUACUGUCUCACUGACAUCCGCCUUGUCCUGAUUAGGAUCAACGUCUUCUUGGCCUUUAAAGAGGAGGCAAUGCAUAUGUAUCCCACCGCUGUUAUCAACAAAGGGCCACAACCUCAGUUGCCUCCUAUGCAACAACUACAACUACAGCCCCCGUCGUCGGUGUGCCCAGACCUAAACAUCCUCCAAACCAGCUCCACAAGCCAGCAGUCUGUCUUCAUCUUCGUGGGUUGCUCCAAAGAAAGUGUUGACCAUGCCAUGACGAAGCUGAAGGAGCUGUAUCAGGCUCAGUGCUCCACUAAAACCUUCAAAAAAGAGGACCUGGCAGGCCUCACCCAGGACGAUGUGACCAGUCUGAAGCAGCUGGUGGAGGCCGAGGGUCUGUACGUGCAGAAGGACCCCACCAGUCAGGGCAGCUUAACCGUGAGAGGGCUCAGAGACGGCGUUGACAAGGUGACGCUGAUGAUUAACACCUGUCUGCAGGACUGCUUAAGGAGAGAGGUGAGAGCCAGGGAGGAGGAGGAGCUGUACAGCCGCGUGUCAUGGUGCAUCCUGACACACAGCGGCUACUGGGAGAGACUGCCCAAAACAGCCAAUCACAACCUGGAGAAGGAGGAGGUAGCAGGAGGGAUAACGGACGCACAGAACAUCCAGUGGAGCGUAGAUCUGCAGCGCAUGGAGGCCACAAGACAACCAACGAGACAGACGGCGCAGCUGAAACGACUGCAGCAUCUCCCAGACUUCACUCUGCCUCUGUACUGGGACAACAUGGCUGAAGGUGAAACUCUGAAGAGGAUUGCACUGCAGCCGUCCUCUGCUGAGUACAGGACAGUGAAGGAGGGCUUCAAACGAACUGUCCAAAAGACUGUAAUGAGGAUCGAGCGCGUGCAGAACAUCCACCUGCGACGCACCUACGAAGCGCAGAAGAAGCACAUCUGUGAUAAGAACAAGCAGCAGGGCGGAGCAGAGGAGAAGCUGCUGUACCACGGGACGACCCAGGACAACUGUGACUCCAUCAUGAAAACUGGAUUCAACAGGCAAUUCUGUAGACAUCGUGCUUCAUACGGUCAGGGAACCUACUUUGCCGUACAUGCCAGCUACUCAGCACGACCCAACUACUCCAAACCAGCUGCUGAUGGUUCCCAGUUAAUGUUCGUGUCUCGAGUCCUGACCGGUUUCUACACUCAAGGCCAAAGCGACAUGAAGGUCCCGCCUGCUCGCAGCCUGUUGCAUCCUCAUGGCCGAUACGACAGCGUGGUGGACAGAAUGGACAUACCAAAAAUGUUUGUCGUGUUUCAUGACAACCAGGCGUACCCGGACUACCUCAUCACCUUCAAGUGAAGAGGAGGGACAUCUAAAGCAUUGCGGGAACUUACAACAUGAACACAAACGUACAUAAAGUAGAAAUUAAUUUUAAAAAACGUCGCUGUGACGUCAGGUGGUUUAUGUUUCUGACUUGUAAUUCUGACUUGAACGACCACUUCAUUGCACAUUACGGUAUCGGAGUGAAUCUGACGAUUAUUUUCUUCAUUAAUCAAUCAGUUGUUUGGUUUAUAAACUGUCAUAACAUGUAGAGAAAUGGCGAUCAGUGUUUCCUAAAUCCUCAAAUGUUUUGUCUCGACCACAACUUCAGUUUACUGUCAUAAAAUAUUCACAUUUAAGAGGCUGGAAUCAUACAUUUAUUAAUUAAUCUUACAGUUGAUUUGAACACUUUCUGCAAAGCUGCAUUCUUUAUGAUUCAACCUGUAAAAUAUGUUGUGAUAUAAAUUGGAAACUAAAAGGAAAAUAUAAUUGAUUUUACCUGGACUAGAUUGAGUGAAAUGUUCAAGAUAAGCUGAUCAAAUGUCAAAAGAUUCCAUGAACUAAAACUAAAAUAUUUACUUUUUUGACAAGGAUGAUACUAAAAUGCCCAGAAAAUUAAAUGUAUCUAGUUGUAUCUAUGUAAAUAAAUCGUUUUUGGACUUUAAGAA